UUCAUUUAAUCGAUUCAAAUAUUUGCCCAAAGCCCCAGAGGUAAUAAUGAAUUAACGUACAUUUAUGGUUAGAGUUGUCAUGUUGAAGGCACAUUGUGGAGAGCCAAAUUUAACUAUAAUAAAUUAUAGUUAAAACUUUAUUGAAUUGGUUAAUUUUAACAUUCAUUUUAAUAUCCAUAGCAACAAUACUAUAAAAUAAUUUCGAAAGAUAUAAUAAAAACAUGUAGAGAGAAAAAAGACCAAAAGAAAAAUAUUGCAUUAAUAAUACUGACAUUGAUUAAAUUCUUCAUUAUUUAAUAGACUGUAUUAAAGAGACAAGCUCUUUACAAAAAGCACUAUAUUAUAUGGAUUUAAAUACUCUACAUUUUAAAUAUAGAAUUUAACGAUUAAAAACCUACAUUUGCUCGACUGUAGAGAACGCGACUUUGAAUAACAGUGUCGUCAUUUCCGGUAUCAUGGCCACCAAAACAGUGGCAAGAAUUUCUCAACUCGGUCCAAAACUGGGUUUCAUAGAUCCGCUGAAUCUUUGAGGCACCACCUCGGCUUUUCGGAUCUUUAAGAUCCGACUAUGGUGCGGCAGAUUGCACCAAUUUGUGCGUUUGGGUUAAAAUAUGGCAUUUAAGUCCUUGUUCGUCAUCAGUUGGUAGUUAGCUGUAAACUUUGGCUUGCAGACAAGCACUAUGCAAAGAGUUUCUGCAAAGGGCAACUAAUGAAGCAAACACUACCUAUUAUGAACCUGAUCGUAUUUAACUCAGAUUAUCGUUGAUAUUACUCAUGGCUAGCAGUUCUGGCUCCAAUGCAAAAAUGUCCAGUCCAAAUGUCAGCACACCGGCGAUGACAGUGAGCCCAGGGGCCGUGGAUCAGAAGACGAGCCCGGUGUUAUUUGAGAUUUACGGAAAGAUCUGGAACGUGCAGGCUCGUUUGGGUCAGGGCGUCUCGGCCUCGGUGUACCGGGUGAGCUCCGGCAGGGCGAGUUCCGCAGUGAAGGAGUUUCAGGCGGACGCGCAGGGUGGAGAUUACGGGUACAUCAAGGAAAGCUCUGUGCUGGAGAAGAUUCAGGGACAUAAAAAUAUCGUGACACUGUAUGGAAUGUUCACCAAUCACAAUCCAUUCGGUGUGGCCACUCAUUGCCUGUUGUUGGAGCUUUUGGACGUGAGUGUGUCAGAAUUGCUGGUCAGAGCGAGUAAUCAGGGACACUCCAUGUGGUUGAUUCAGCACUGUGCCCGUGAUGUUUUGGAGGCGCUUAGCUUCCUGCACAGAGAAGGCUAUGUACAUGCUGACCUCAAGCCCCGCAACAUUCUCUGGAGUGCUGAUGAUGAGUGCUUUAAGCUCAUUGACUUCGGCCUUAGCUUUAAAGAGGGACACCAGGAUGUGAAGUACAUCCAGACAGAUGGAUAUCGGGCACCUGAAGCCGAGCUGCAGAACUCACUGGCUCAGGCAGGUCUGGAGAGCGACUCUGGCUGCACAACUGCUGUGGACAUGUGGAGUCUGGGCAUCAUUCUUCUAGAGAUGUUCUCAGGAAUCAAACUGAAAGAAACUGUGAAGUCUCAGGAAUGGAAGGAUAACAGUUCUGCAAUAGUAGACCAUAUCUUUUCAAGCAAUGCUUUGGUUAACCCAGCUAUCCCUGUCUAUCAUUUGAGGGAUCUGAUCAAAAGUAUGCUUCACAAUGACCCGAAACUUAGAAGCACAGCUGAGGCAGCACUAAUCAACCCUUUCUUCAGCAUUCCCUUUGCACCUCAUAUUGAAGAUUUGGUUCUUCUGCCUACAUCUGUCCUGAGACUACUAAACGUAAUAGAUGACAGUCACCUGUAUAAUGAGGAUGAGUAUGAAGAUAUAGUAGAGGACAUGAAAGAAGAAUGUCAGAAGUAUGGCACAGUUGUCUCCUUAUUGAUCCCAAAAGAGAAUCCUGGAAAAGGACAGGUGUUUGUGGAGUAUGCAAAUGCUGGAGACUCCAAAGAAGCCCAAAGACUGCUGACAGGCCGAACAUUUGAUGGCAAGUUUGUGGUUGCUACGUUUUAUCCACUGAGUGCCUAUAAGAGAGGUUACUUAUACCAAACUGUGCAGUAAGGCUGCACACACAUCUCCACACAAAAAGUGUAAAUUACCUUACAAUCAUGUGACUGCUUUUAAGCUCAUGUUGUGUGUAUUAAUCUAUUGUGCUACCUUUAAUAUUUACUUGUGUCACUAAGAUCAAAAUUGUUGUGAAUAUAGGCACACAUGCAAUUAUCUUGGGUAUAACAGGGAGAAAAGUUUUAGUGCCUGCUUCCUACUUUUUUACUAAAUGAUCACACCAUAAUAAGAUGAUUAUAUUUGCAGUGUGAUAGCUGGUUGCCAGACAUUUAAUACUUAUGCUUCCAUACUUUGUCAUUUUGAUUAUUUAAUUUUUUUUUGCAGUGGCAUUGAUGCUCUGCUUUAGUUUACACUGCCUUCUAAACAACAGAUCACUUUAGAGACUAGGUUUACAUGCUCUUUGAAUGUCUAUAAUUCCAACAUUGGCAGUUUAUGUGGCCUGUUUUCUUCCGUUGUUAGUUUUAGUGAUGGUAUGUUGGUAUUUCCAGUAAUUAUGCACAUAUUUAUAAACUACUUGCGAAAUACACUGGCCUGCAUGCACUGUGCCGUGGUUAACAUUUAUGUUCGACCAUGAAAGCUGUUCAACCACAUUUAACCGAAGAUGGAAAUCCAUUAGCAUUUGCUGAGAGAGCACAAACACGACAGAGCGGGUAGCCUUGUGCUGUAGAUCAUUCUUAAGUGACUUUUUUUUUGCUUAUUCAGGGUUGACUGGAAUGAGACUCCGUGUCUAACACAAAAGCCACAAUCUGUGUCUCAUCCAAAAUGUUUGUCAAAACCUCUCUGAAGAUGUUUAUUGAACCAUAUACUGUUGUUUUAGAAUUUCAAACUUGAAUUCCAAAGUAUAAUAUUA